AUGGCUUCAACUGAGUCUGCUGAAGACGGUCAAAGCAGAGGCGGUAUGUGGGCUUUGGAACAGAGGAUUGACCAGCCAAUGGAUGAAGAAGCUGAAAAGCUCAAAAACGUGUACAGAGAAAAAAAAUUUUCUACCUUGUUGCUUCUGCGGCUUGCAUAUCAGAGUCUUGGUGUAGUCUAUGGAGAUUUGGGCACUUCCCCCUUAUACGUUUUCUAUAAUACAUUUCCUCAUGAAAUUGAGGACCCUGAGGAUGUGGUUGGAGCUCUUUCUUUGAUAAUAUACUCUCUUACUCUGGUGCCGCUGCUCAAAUAUGUUCUUAUUGUAUUAAGAGCAAAUGACAACGGUCAAGGUGGAACAUUGGCUCUUUAUUCCUUGCUCUGUCGACAUGCAAAUAUUAGAACCAUUCCCAACCAGCAUCGUACUGAUGAAGAACUAACAACAUAUAGUCGGUCUACUAUCCUUGAAAAGUCAUUUGCUGCAAAAACCAAGAGAUGGUUAGAGGAGAAAGCUUAUAUUAAAAAUAUCAUUCUUAUUCUCGCCCUUGUUGGUACUUGCAUGGUGAUUGGAGAUGGUAUUCUUACCCCAGCUAUAUCUGUUUUAUCUGCGGUUGGUGGCAUCAAGGUAAAUCACGCAGAUCUUAGUAACGGAGUAGUGGUGCUGGUUGCUGUUGUUAUACUAGUUGGGUUAUUCAGCAUGCAACAUUACGGUACAGAUAGAGUUGGUUGGCUCUUUGCUCCGGUUGUCCUUCUUUGGUUUCUUCUAAUUGGAGGCAUAGGCGUGUUCAACAUCUGUAAAUAUGACAGCAGCGUUCUAAAAGCUUUUUCACCAGUGUAUAUAUACCACUAUCUACGACGAGGAGGUAGAGAUGGUUGGACUUCUCUUGGUGGCAUUUUGCUCAGCAUAACAGGGACAGAGGCUCUUUUUGCUGACUUAGGCCACUUUCCAGUCUCUUCUGUACAGAUUGCAUUUACUCUCCUAGUGUUUCCUUGCCUUCUUUUAGCCUACUCUGGACAAGCUGCAUACCUUAUGCAUAACUUGGAACAUUCAAAAGAUGCGUUUUAUCGUUCUAUUCCAGAAAAAAUAUACUGGCCAGUAUUUAUUAUUGCAACAGCAGCAGCUAUAGUUGCAAGCCAGGCCACAAUAUCCGCAACCUUCUCAAUUAUUAAGCAAGCCAAUGCUCAUGGCUGUUUCCCAAGAAUAAAAGUUGUACAUACAUCAAAGAAGUUCCUUGGCCAGAUAUACAUUCCAGAUAUCAAUUGGAUCCUUAUGAUUCUAUGCAUUGCUGUUACAGCUGGGUUCAAAAAUCAGAGUCAAAUUGGAAAUGCUUAUGGUACUGCAGUUGUGUUAGUCAUGCUGGUCACCACAUUGCUUAUGAUUUUAAUCAUGAUAUUAGUGUGGCGCUGCCACUGGAUUUUGGUUGUGUUGUUCACUGGCUUAUCAUUGGUUGUGGAAUGCACAUACUUCUCUGCUGUACUUUUCAAAGUUGAUCAAGGUGGAUGGGCUCCCCUUGCAAUUGCUGGAGCAUUUCUUCUGAUCAUGUAUGUAUGGCAUUAUGGCACGGUGAAACGCUAUGAGUUUGAAAUGCACAGUAAGGUCUCAAUGGCAUGGAUUCUUGGACUUGGACCAAGUUUAGGACUUGUUCGUGUCCCAGGAAUAGGGCUGGUAUACACAGAGCUUCCAAGUGGAGUACCCCACUUAUUUUCUCACUUCAUCACAAACCUACCAGCCAUCCAUUCUGUUGUUGUUUUUGUAUGUGUGAAGUACCUUCCAGUCUAUACUGUCCCAGAAGAAGAAAGGUUUCUUGUCAAGAGGAUUGGACCUAAGAACUUCCACAUGUUUCGAUGCGUGGCGAGGUAUGGAUACAAAGAUUUACACAAAAAAGAUGAUGACUUUGAAAAAAAGCUUUUCCACAACCUUUUUGUGUUUGUUAAACUGGAGUCUAUGAUGGAGGGGUGCUCAGAUUCAGAUGACUACAGUUUAUAUGAACAACAAACUGAGAGGUCAAUAGAAUCCCUACUAUUGAACAAUAAUGCAAACACAGUUUCAUUGAAUAUGGAUCCAACAGUUUCAUGUGUGGAUUCAAUAGUGUCAGUUACAUCUCCAUUACACUUGAAUUCUACUUUUAGGUCCUCUGGUCAUGUAAGCAGUCAUACUGAGGUUGAUGAAGUUGAGUUUUUAAACAACUGCAGAGAUGCUGGGGUGGUUCACAUACUCGGAAACACAGUUGUGAGGGCCAGGAGGGAUUCAAGAAUCCACAAGAAAAUAGCUGUGGAUUAUAUAUAUGCAUUUCUCAGGAAGAUGUGCAGGGAAAAUAGUGUGAUCUUCAAUGUUCCUCAUGAGAGUCUCUUAAACGUUGGUCAGAUUUUCUAUGUAUAG